AGGCUGAUGAUACUGUUGCUUUGUUAUAUGAUAUUUAUGUUUUAAUGAUCAUACAGAAAACACAUUUUGGAUUUUGUUAUUGCUGUUGAGCAAAUUGUCUGAACCAUUUUAAGUGUCUGACUUAUUUUAAAAAAGAAAGUGGUUCAAGUAUUUUUAGGUCUGUUUUUGUGUACAUGUGGUUUUUAAAGGAAAUAUCAAUUUAGAAUGAAUGCGUCAGUUUCCUUUGGGAAUUAAAAGAUAAGAUUAAACUGCAAUGUGCCAGAAAAAGCUGGGUUAAAAUUGCUUUUACUAGUGGCUUCAAUGUAAUAAAAUUCUUUUCUGCAAUCUGAUAAAAAAACAUAUGGAUGAUGAUGGGAUGAAGAGCCUGAGAGAAAAAUCUAGGAUUCCAUUGAUAAAAGAUCUCUUCAGAAUGUGAACAUCUGAAAACAUGUACAAGAUUUCUGAUGCUGUUUAAAGUGAUAUCGGGUUUUAAAGUAAUACUGCACAUCAAAUGGGAAACAUUUAAUGCAUGUAUUCAGAGUUGGUUUGUAAACAAAAAGCGCAGCUGUAUUUAACGGAGGAUUAAUUGAAUAUUAAUUGAAAAAAUGUGAAAUCAAUGUACAUUUAGUUAGUGCCAAAAUGAAAUUUAUUUGAAUGUAGAAAAAGAACUGUGUUGAAAAUUGAUUGUUUACUAUAAUUGAAUAAAUAUUGGAUCAGUAAGUGCUCAAUGAAUAUUUGUUGGAAUGUACAAAAUGGAGAACUAUUUUGAAAAUUGAUGGUAUCAGAAAAUGAUUGAUGGCAUUCUAUCCUAUUUUUUUCUUCAUUGUUACAAUACAUACUUCUGUGGGAAAAAGCAUACUAUCUCAUGCUGGCUAGAUAAUGACAUCCUAGAUAUAUGAUGGUAAAUUGUCUGUUCUGAAUAUGAGCUGCCCAUACACUGCUUAAAAUAUGGCAGUCUUUCUUACCAGAAAUACAAGUCAGACUUGAAAUCACAAAGUCAGUGAAUGAAAAGAUAAACGUUGUUUAAAAAGAACAAAAGAACUUGAGAUAAUUGGCAAAUACCUUGAUGAUGAUAAUGAUUGAUGUGAUGGGUGAUAAUCCUUAUGCGACGAUACAUGACAUGGAUGAUGAGGAUCCUUACACAACGCCUUAUGGUGAAAUACCCGUUUGCCAGGCUAGGGCAAAUGUUAUGACGUAUGAUGACAUGAACAGGAAAUGGAUCCCCAGUGGGUCAUCACCAGGACUGUCAAAGGUUCAGAUCUAUCGACAUACAGUGAACAACACGUUCAGGGUAGUGGGGCGUAAACUGCAAGACCAUGAGGUCGUGAUCAACUGUGCCAUUUUAAAGAAUCUGAAAUAUAAUCAGGCUACGCCCACAUUUCAUCAGUGGAGGGACAGCCGACAUGUGUAUGGUCUCAACUUUGCUAACAAGGAAGACUCAGAAAUAUUUGCCAAUGCCAUGCUUGCAGCAUUAGAUACACUGAACAAUCAAGGACGACAGAUGGCUGCUCCGAUGGCUGCUCCGAUGGCUCCUCCGAUGGCUCCUCCUAUGGCUCCCCCAAAUCCUCCCCCUUCUCAUCCACCAGUAGGAUACCAGCAACAAUUUACAGCACAGCCACAACAACAGAAUGGACCACAACAACAAAUCUCUGAAGAUAAUAGGAGUUCAAGACCAGACUUUCAGACACACAGACGUUACCCAUCUGGAGGAGCUCCUGCUCCCUAUGCUGCACCACAGGUACAACAGCAGGAACCAGUGACUCAGCCUCCCCAGCCACCUCAACCCCCUCAACCUCCAGCUCCUCCCGCAGCACCUCCAGCCCCGCCAGCGGCUCCUCCUGCACCACCCGCUCCACCUGCAGCACCAGCUGCUCCUCCAGCACCGCCUGCACCAGGGGCACCACCUGCACCGCCUCCGCCAGCUGUAGGGGGUGGAGCUCCACCUGCACCUCCACUGCCACCAGUUGGAGGAAGCAGUCCCAGUGAAGAGGGAGGUGCUGCACCACAAGGAUUGGCUGCAGCAUUACAGGCUGCCAAACUGAAGAAAACAAAAAAGCCUGAGACAGAGGGAGAACCUGGGGCUGCUUCAAACACAAGUAACAAACCUCCUAUAGGAGGUGGACCAAUGGACCAUAUGAAUGAGUUACAGAGGAAAAUUGCGUUACGAGCAACCAAAGCUACACAGGAGGACACCUCACCAAGAAAUGUGAGUCCAUCGCCCACGCCAGUCCAAAAUCGGGAUGCCGUGCCAGGAGCAAGCAGACCUUGGGAAAAACCCUCUAACGGGAAUAAACUUACAAAUGGAACAGGCUCGCCAAAGUUAGCUAGAAGUAAAGAUUCUGAAGCUGCCAAAAAAUGGUGCACAUUGCCCGGUCGAAUUAAGCGUAAUCCAUCUCUAACUGGACAAGAACAUAUAGGAGGAACUACAGAGGCCAGUGCAAUCAGUAACAGUGACUUAGAAGCUUUAAAACAAGAAAUACUGACAGAAAUGAGGAAAGAAAUGAAUAAAAUGAAACAAGAAUUAUUAGAAGCAAUACGAGACUCUGCGAGAUAGGAAUCUUUAAGAAUAGUACGAUAGACUUCCACAUGAUUGUAGCAUUUCACAUGGGAACAUGUUUAUCCUUGGAAGAUACUGACUGUGCAGCUGAGAUCUUUUCUACACAGUGCAGUUUGAACAAAGAGAUCAGAAGUCUUCCAAAUGAUGGUGAAAUUCAAAAUUCACCAAUCAAAUUACAGAUUGCUUUCUUUUUAGCCAAUCAGAAUUAUAUCAUAUCAGAAGCUGAUGUUAACUGGUGCAAAGUAUUAAAAUAUAUUAUUUAAUAUAAGAUGAUUAUGUAAAUUAUUUUGUGUGCAUGAGUUAUGUGCACUUUAUUUUUGCUCAUUUUUUUAUGCACCAAGUUUUUAGUUACCUUGAAUAGUUGCUACAUUAAGAUUGAUAUUGAGAAAGCAUUGAGGGCCUUUAUUAUGUAGUGAUUUUUCAAAUUAAAACCUAAAAUUAUAAAUUAGACAUUAAACAUUAUCUGUUGUAAAUAAAUGAAAGUCAUUAAUUUCAUAAUGAAAUUAUUUAAUGUUGACCAAAUAUGAUAUAUAGCAUAAUCACAAAUUGCGAUAGGUUUUUAGCUCGACUAUUCGAAGAAUAAGUAGAGCUAUCCUACUCACCACGGCGUCGGCGUCGGCGUCACACCUUGGUUAAGUUUUUCGUACCAGUCCACAUUUUGACAAAGUCUUUUGAGAUAAAGCUUUGAAACUUUCAACACUUGUUUACCAUCAUCAUGGCCAGUUAUAGGCAAGAGCACAUAACUCCAUCAAGGAUUUUGGCUGAAUUAUGGCCCCUUUUGACUUAGAAAUCAUGGUUAAGUUUUUCGUACCAGUUCAUAUUUUGACAAAGUCUUUUGAGAUAAAGCUUUUAAACUUUCAACACUUGUUUACCAUCACCAUGUCCAGUUAUAGGCAAGAGUAGAUAACUCCAUCAAGGAUUUUGGCUGAAUUAUGGCCCCUUUCGACUUAGAAAUCAUGGUUAAGUUUUUCGUACCAGUUCAUAUUUUGACAAAGUCUUUUAAGAUAAAGCUUUGAAACUUUCAACACUUGUUUACCAUCACCAUGUCCAGUUAUAGGCAAGAGCACAUAACUCCAUCAAGGAUUUUGGCUGAAUUAUGGCCCCUUUUGACUUAGAAAUCUGGGUUAAUAUUUCGUACCAGUUCAUAUUUUGACAAAGUCUUUUGAGAUAAAGCUUUGAAACUUUCAACACUUGUUUACCAUCACCAUGUCCAGUUAUAGGCAAGAGCACAUAACUCCAUCAAAGAUUUUGGCUGAAUUAUGGCCCCUUUCGACUUAGAAAUCAUGGUUAAGUUUUUCGUACCAGUUCAUAUUUUGACAAAGUCUUUUGAGAUAAAGCUUUGAAACUUUCAACACUUGUUUACCAUCACCAUGUCCAGUUAUAGGCAAGAGUACAUAACUCCAUCAAGGAUUUUGGCUGAAUUAUAUGGCCCCUUUUGACUUAGAAAUCUUGGUUAAGUUUUUCGUACCAGUUCAUAUUUUUUGUAAAGCUUUGACAUAUGGCUUUGAAACUUUUAUCACUUGUUUAGUAUAAUAGUCUCUAUCUGUAGGAAAGAGAACAUAUUAACUCUGUCAUCUAUUUUGGCUGAAUUAUGGCCCUUUUUGGACUUUGAAAUUGGUUCUGUUUUCAUACAAGUCCAUGUUUUGUCAAAACUAUUUGACAUAUGGCUUUUAAACUUUGAACACUUGCUUAUCAUUAUGAUUUACAUCUGUAGCAAGAGUACAUAACUAUUUUGACUGAAUUAUGGCCCUUUUUGGACUUUGAAAUUGGCUCAUAUAUUGCCAUUUGGUGCAAGACAUCAAAAGUAAUACAGGAACAUUGUUUGUCUAAUCUAUUUAUUUCUUUUGUCUGAAUAUCCGUGGAAAUAUUUUGACCCCAUUCUUCAAUCAAUUCUUCGAAUAGUCGAGCGCGCUGUCAUCAGACAGCUCUUGUUCUUCUAUUGGGAAAGUCAGUGUCAUUUUUAGAUAAUUAUUGCUACAUGUAAUUUACAGACCUUUAUAAUUAGCAACUUUCAUAGUGUACUUUUAAAACGUUUUUCUCUUUAGAAAUAAUACUUGGGUGCUUUUGAUAGUGUAACUGUUUGAAGAGCUUAAUGUAUCCUCUGAGUUAUGAAAAAUCAACUUUGAAUAUUCACAAGAAGAAAAGAAUAAUGAAUGAUUUAUUCAGCUUAGUACAAUUACUUAAAACCAUUGAGUUUUUAGCAUUUAAAUUGUUUUUUAUAUGAUAUUUUGACACAGAAAUAAAAUAGUAAUACAAUUCUUUAUUGCAUGGAGUACUUUGUUUUUCAGAUAUUGUGUUUCUGUUAGUUUACUAUCACUUUUGAUCUCUAAUAAAUGUGCUAAAAAUAGAAUAUAUGCAGUAUUUACAAGUUAACGGUUUUUAUGAUAAGAUAUAAAUACUGUUACAGCCCUGAUGGCAAAGACUAUGAUUUUGAUAUGAGAAUAAAAAGUCUUCACAAGUGCACGGCGAGACAGGAUAUACCAGUAAUAGAAAUCUGUUACAACUAAUUGCAAUAAAAAAGAAAACAAGCUGCAACAGUCUUUUUUACGAAGCUUUCUCAAAAUACUUCCUGGGAAUGGAUGCUUGAAAUGUACUCCUUAGAAAAGGACACAAUAUAGACUUCAUGGAUGCAUUGUCAUUUUUUUUUAAAAAAUCCUAUAGAGAGUACAUUUCGUUAACGUCACAUAACAGUCUGUUGUAUGACUUAUAUUUAUUUCAAAUACUGGCAGUUUAAGAUUUCGACUGAAUGUCAGUUUUUGUUUUUUGCUCACUUGUAUGUUUAUCUUUUUUAAAAAUGAACUGUUACAAUUUUCUAUGGUAUAAUUUUCAUUAUAUCAUUUUCUUUAUACCUUUUUUGUUUAUGUUUAUCCUCUUACAUGAAUUGCCAUACUAUUUUUACAUCAUUUGUGGUAAAGUUAUCAUUUUCAGUCAUUUAUUUCUAGGUAUGUAAGUGCUUGUUAUACAGAUGUGCAAUUCUAUGUAUGUGUAGAUUUUGUUUUGCUGACAUAGGGAUAGAAAAAACUUGGAUUUUUUUUAAAACAAAAUGGUAAUUCGUAUGUGGUUAACAAUGAAAAUAUUAAUCGUAAAAGAAUUCAGUUUCCUUAGGACAAGAAUUCAUUGCUAUAAUUUAAAGAUAACACAGAUUGGACACAUCCUUGUUUACUGGCAUUUAAUUUCAUGCUGAUGCAACUAGCAAAUCCACAAAAGUAUUCUCCAACAAUAAUAAUAAUUUCAAGGUGUUCAGACUAGUAAAGAAGAAUUUGAAUGAGAUAUAAUUUCUGUUUCAUUCUGUUAAGUGUAUAUAUUCUCAAAGUAAAUGUGUAUUAUUAUCUACAUUUUCUUUCUCAACUUUCUUUUGAAUUCUGUUUAAUAUUUUCUUUUUCUUUACCAUUUUCUACACAGCCAUUUGUCUUUAACAUGUCCAGGUGUGAUUUCUUGUAGCCUGUCCAGGCAUGGGAUGUCUUGUAGCCUGUCCAGGCAUGGGAUGUCUUGUAGCCUGUCUAGGCAUGGGAUGUCUUGUAGCCUGUCCAGGCAUGGGAUGUUUUUCAGUCUUUCAGAUAACCAAAGCAGAUGCAAUUUUAUUUACUAGGAAAGCUCAAUUAGUUGUUCUUUUCAUGCUAUUACAGAAAAAUAUGUAAUUAUGUCACAUUGAACAAAUGGCAGUGAGUUCUUUAGUUUCGACUAUAUACAUGUGAAGACUUGCAAGCAGCCAUGGUCACAAGUUUUUCUGUGUAAUUAUAUUAUGAAACGCAUCUUUUUCUCUAUACAUGCACAUAUACCAGCUUGCUUACACCCUGGGUAAAGGCAUUUCCCUUUUAACCAUAAGCCAGAACCAAGAAAUAUGCUUAUAAUGUAGAAUUAGACAUAAAAAAGUCCAUGAAGUUGUAAGUAAUUAGCUCGAAUAUACAUAGAAUUAUGCCCCUUUUUUCCACUUAACAGUGUUUGGUUAAGUUUUUGUAUGUAAGCUGGUAUCUCAGUAUCCACUUAUAGGAAUGAAUUGAAACUUCACACACUUGUUCUCUGUCAUGAUUUGACAUGUACUGUGCAGGUCCCAUAACUCUACUUUGCUUUUUUUUUUCAAAAUUAUGCCCCUUUUUCAACUUAGCUGAUAAGCACUGUGCAGGUUUCAUAACACUGUUUUGCAUUUUUACAAAAUUAUGCCCCUUUUUCGACUUUUGUAUUCAUUCAAUUGACAAGGCAGUUGAAUAGUGGAGCGUUGCUGCCCUCCGACAGCUCUUGUUUUAUGGAAGUGGUAACUUGCUCAGUAAAGCUAUAAAAGCCUUUAAAAUUGUAUGAAAGAACCUACAUUUGAAACCAUUUUGCAACAGUCGAAAAUUUUAGCUAUUCAUAGAUGUGGAUGACCAUGUGUAUAAUUAUGUGUAAUAGUUUACCUCACAUUAACAUACAUGCCUUUUGAUUGUUUCAUCUUCAUUCUACUUGUUUGAAGGUCUGUAUGGCUUGUUAAGGAUUCAACAUAAUGCUCAUGUCUAAUUUCAAAAACUCUACAAGGAUUUUUGUCAUUGUGUCAUUUUACCCAUAAUACACAUAUUAUGUUGCACAGUUGCAUGCCAAAACAAUAGCUAAGCUGAGGCACAUUGCUUGUGUGAAAAUAAUAGUAUGUCGGCUGAGGCACUUCAAGGCAACUGUUACAGUUUGUUUCUAAGAAUCUGUAAAAUACAAACUAUGUGGUCCCUUUUCAUUGCUAUUUCCUAUUUGGCUACAACCCUACAAAUCAAAUUCUACUCUUUUUUUUCUUUCUGAACAGCAACAAUAUUGUUAUCCAUAUUUUUUGAAAUUUCCUUUUGAUGAUUAACACUUGUGUUAGGAUAUUUGAUGUUUUUAGUGAAAUAUCACUAUCAUUUUACUUCCUCUAUCUAGCUAUGCUCAACAAUUUUAUAUUCAAGCUUUGUUAUCAUUAAAAUACUGAUGAUGAGUAAAACAUUAUCAAAAAUAGAAAGUCAAAGAAGUUUUUUUUUUCUCCUUUCUAUUAAAGUACAUAAGUUUUGUGUUGAAUCCUUGACAAAUAUCAUAUACAGUUUCAGUUGUACAUAACUAGCUGCUAUUUUGUUCAACCUUUUAAAAAGGUUUUAUAGUGUUUUUUUUUUCUUUGGUAGUUCAAAUCGCAGCUGCUAUAGAAUUUUCCUUACUGCAAAAAUGAUGUCAUGUUGAAAACAGAUACAUUUUCCUUUUGUUAGCAUUUAUGUAUAGAUAUUUUCAUUUAUUUCAUAGCUUUGUUAAUAGCUAAUCCAUUCAUUGGUCACUUGUUUUGUUGCUUUAUUUUGCCUAGACUUUUAAAUACACUGUUUUCGUAGAAAAAGUAAUAUUGGCAGAGAAAGGUCACUGACAUCAGUUUAUAUCAGGAUGUAAAAAAAACAACUUUGGGUUAAAUUGACAUUGCCGUGUGUUAAAAAACAGUUUUUAUCUCUAAGUGAAUCAUUUGAAAACUUAAUAUGCAUAUUAAAUAACCAAACUAAUUUUGUAAAUAGGAAUGUUGUAAAUGAUAUUUAAGAGUUAGAAAUAGUUAUUGGCAUAUUUAGCCCACCAUCCUCACAUGGUGGGCUAUUCAAAUCACUCUGUGUCCGUGGUUCGUCCGUCCGUCCGUCAUUCCGUCCGUUAACAAUUUCUCGUUAUCGCAUCUCCUCAGAAACUACUGGGCGGAUUUGACCAAACUUUGUCAGAAUGAUGUAUUGGUACCCUAGUUGUGUCCCCAUAAAAAUCAGACUAGAGUUAUGGCCCUUUGUUUAUUUUGAUUUCUAAUAUAAUUUUAUAUCCAGUGGCCCUCCAAGUAGUUAAUUGGUUUUUUAUAGCCUUACCUGUAGAAGGGUCAUAAAGUCUGCAGACACUAAUGAGAUAAUGAUUCAAGUUGUCCAUUAUUUUCCUAUUACAACUCAGCAGUGAAUGGACUACCCUAGUAGAUUGAUAAUUAAUUUGUUUAGUACUGAAAUUUCUGGGUAUAAUUAUUAGAUAUAAUAUAAUUUUAUGUGCAUUCUUUGUUUCCAUAAUAAGAAAAAAAUAAGAAUUGCAUAUAACUCAUUAAUGAUGUCAUCUCUCUUGUUUAGGGUAUGGGUUUAAUUAUUAGUUAUAAAAUAAAUAAUUAUAUGUGCAUUCUCUGUUUCUGUAAUAAGAAAAAAAAAAUGCACAUAACUCAUUAAUGGUGUCAUCUCUUUUGUUAACUUUUGUACUGAGUUACUUCCCUUUAAAUUCCAAGAAUUAGUCUUUUUUUAGAAAUUCUAUUUUUAGAUUUUCAAUAUUUUAGGCAUUUUUCUAACUUUCUUAUUAUAAGUCCUAUGUAAAAAGUAAAUAUAUUUUUCUGUCGUCACAUGUGUCUGUAAGACACUUUUUUGUAUUUAUUUUUAGUGUAUCUCUGAUAUGAGAGAUUUUUAUAUUAGUCUUGAAAUUUGGAACAUUCAAAAAUGGCUAAAUGGUGGGCGCCAAGAUCACUCUGUGAUCUCUUGUUACAAAAUAAGCUAAACAUCUGUAAAUGAACCUUGUUUUCUGACUAGUAGUUGGAGAUUAUAGUUCCCAUUUCAAAUAUGAAUCUAUUUAUGCUGAUGAAUACAAAUUUUAAAAUAAUAUCAGAUUAAAAAAACCCCAGCUGAAACUGAAUUCUCUUUUUGAGCACAUCUU